AGUUAAAAAAACUGUUUCAACGGACUUCUUAUUUUUUAGUAGAAAAUACGGAUAAAAAUAUAACUCGUCUAACUCUUGAAGGAUUGGCGUAUUUAACGCUCAACGCAGAAAUGAAAGAAGAAUUUGUUAGGCAUGAGACCUACAUAAACUCUCUAAUCAAAUAUGGAAUGACUUGUACGAAUCGAGCUCAACUGUAUUCCGCUAUUUCUAUUAUUCAGAAUGUAACCAAUAGCCAUCCGAAAAAAACUUUGACUGAAGAACAAAAAAAAUAUAUCGAACUUGCACGCCUUGCAAAGGAAUAUAUUCCAGAAGACCACGUGUAUGACCAAACGGAGUAUGUUAAAAAAAGAACUUUUCAUCUCGUUGAACACGAUUUACUUUCUUUACUUGUGCAUGUUUCAAAGGUUGCUAAAGUAAGCGAGAAUAUCAGGGAAUGCAUUGCAAGAAUUUUAAUGACAGUGGCUGAAGACACUAAAUAUAGGGGGCUCAUGGUUGCCCGCGGCGCGCAUUUGCCACUACUCGACAUUGCUAAUAAUGGACGUAGCGAAGUUAUGAAUAUAGCCGCACAGUCUCUAGCAAAAAUUGCUGUAACUUCUGACCCUCGCUUGGUUUUCCCAGGCCAACAAUCGGUCGAGUUGGUGAAACCGUUUAUACGUUUAUUGGACGCUCAACAUGAACUACAAAUUUUCGAAAGUUUAUUGGCUCUUACUAAUUUGUCCGCCGAAUCAGAGGAAGUUAGGAAAAAGAUUCUUUAUGAGGACGGCGUCAGUAAAAUUGCUUACCUUCAAACUGAUGAUUGUGAGCUCAUUCAAAGAGCUGCCACCGAAUGCUUGUGCAACCUACUUUACGAACCAGAAAUAUUUUCUAUGUACGUUCAAGAGACUGGCACGCGUUUUCAAGAUAUUCUUCUGUGGCUCUUUUUGUGUGGUUUAUUUUUUUUAUAUAAAAUUUUGUAG